CGGUGUGUGUCGGAUCCGUUGGAUAGAAAGGCGGUUUUUAUGAACGUUAGACAAACAGCGACUUAGAAAUGGAUCUUAACGAAUGUCAAUCACAAUAUCAAGAGAUUCAAGGCAGAACCUUUCUUCCUAUGAAAGAGGAAUAUGUUUGUAAAGACUAUUUAAUGGAUAUGUCAGAAUUUCAAAAGCAAAAACCUUACAGCAAAGUAUAUGUACCUAACAUGGAGAGUCGACUGAGAUUUUACAAGUUCAUGGACCAGGAUCCUGAGACAUGGGCAACAAAGGAAGAUGCAGAUCUGGCUUUAAAAGAAUCAACAGAAAACCUUACAGCUGAACAGAAACUUGUGGAUGCUGAGAAGGAACACAUUGACCAUCUAAUAGAGAAAACAGUGGGAGAGUAUGAAGCUCUUCAAAACAACCUACAGCUAAUUGGAAAAAAAUUACAGGUUUUCACAGAGAAGAAAACAAAACUUGAAAACUUGAAAUCUAAAGCAAAAAGAAGUGCUGGCUAUCUUGGGAGAGGGAAUCACUUGUCCUUCAGAAUUCUAUAUCCACAAGAAGCAGCAGGAGGAGAAGCUUGCCAAGUUAACGGCAGCUAUAGAACUGUGUCAGACGACCAUCAGUAGGAUAGGAGAGGAGAAGCAGGGUCUGGAGGAAACGUGUCACCGCCUCCGCAUGACCUGGGAGGCCCAGCAGCAGCAACGGCUCCAAGACAACCAUAGCAUAAAGUCACACGUCAAGGUCAUAGAGGACAAACUCAACAGACAUAAAGAAUUGCUUUCAUUCAUCAAACAGCAGAGUAAAGUUGAUAUAAGACAGCGAUCUGAGUUUGGACAUUUGGUGUUAGAACUACUGAGUGAUAAGGAAGGAGAGAAUAUCCCCAGGAUGUUCCUUACUGCCAGUGUAGAGCAGGACAUUCUGGACCUACAACACCUCACCAGUGCUGAAAAAGAGUCAGGUGAUUGUAGCCUGCACACAGAGGACAUCAUAUCUGAGGGUGUGUCCAGUAACGACCUACGACAGCUUGUCACCAAGAUGCAAGACCGAUGGAAUACUCUUUUCCCACUUGUUCAGGAGAUGAAGAAUGUUUCUGACAGACAUGCUAUAGACUGGAUACAAGAACAGAACCUGUUACGGAUUCUAGUCGGUAAAGGUGGCUCCAUCAUGUGUACUCUCCAUGUACCAGAGUCCUACCCAUUCUCAGGGGAGAUAACUCUACAAAAGACUUCCAACUUGCCAUCCAAUGUGAGGGAAGAAGAUGUCUUGCCUCCAUCUGACAGUAGAAGUUUACAAGGAUGGGUUGAUUACUUAGAAGAGACCUUUGGAAAACCAUGACAAUUGUGAUAUGUAUAUUUUUGUGAAAAACUUUAUUUUAUCUUUCAACCAUCAUUUUCAUUGUUCUAUCCUCUACCAUCGAUUUUCAUUAUUUGUAUGUGAUUAAAUUCCUGUAUGAUAAA